AUGUUUUGGGUGUUUGGUAAUGGGGGGGGUUGGUUGUUGUGGGGAUGUAGGGGGGGUGGGGGGGGUUGUGGUGUGGUUGGUUUGGGGGGUGUUGGGUUGGGGUGGGGGGGGGGGGGGUUUGGGGUGUGGGGUUGGUUGGUGUGGGGGGUUGGGGUGGGGGGGGGGGGUGGUGGGGUUGGGUGGGGUGGGGGGGGUGGGGGGGGUGGGUGUUGGGUGGGGGUUGGGUGGGGUGUGUGUGGGGGGUGUGUUGGUGGUGUUGGUUGGGGGUUGGGGGGUGAUGUGGUUGUGGUUGGUGGGUGGUGGGGGGGGGGGGGGUGGUGUGGGGUGGGGGUGGGGGGUGGGGAUUUGGGUUGGGGGGGGGGUGAAUGGGUGUUGUGGUGGGGGGUAGUGGUGGUUGGUGUUGGUUUUUGUUUGUGGGUUGGGGUGGUUUGUGGAUUGUUGUUGGUGGGGGGGGGGGGGUGUGUGGGUGUUGUUGUGUGUUUAGUGUUGUUGGGGGGGUUUUGGGUGGGGUUGGUGGUGUGGGUGGGUUUGGGGUUGGAUUGGGUGGUGUUGUGUAUGGAGGGGGGGUGGGGGGUAUGGGUAGGGGGGAUAGGGGUUUUUGGUUGUGGGGGGUUGUGGGGGGGGGUGGGUGGGGUGGGUUAUGGGUGGGGGGGGGUUGGGGGGGGGUUUUGUAUGGUGGUUGGGGGUGUAUGGGUGGGUUGGGGUGUGGGUGGGGGGUUUGGUGUGAAGUGGGGGGGUGUGGGUGGGUGUGGGUUUUGUGUUAAUUGGGUUUUGGUUGGUGGGGGGGUGGUGGUAUGGGUUGUGUUGGUUUUGGUUGUUGGUUUGGUUGUGGUGGGGUGGUGGGGGGUGUUUGGGUUGUAUGGGGGGGUAUGGUUUGUUGGUUUUUUGGGGUGUGUGUUUGAAAUGGAUGUUGUUGGUGGUGUGGUUAUGGGUGGUGUGUUUGGUGGGAAGGGUUUUGUUUGUGUUUUUUUGGUUGUGGGGGGGGGGGAUUGA